GGGCCGGCGGGGCCCAAUGGCGUGGCCGGGAAGGCGGGCCCGAGCUGCGUUAGGGUGUCCUUGCAGGGUGUCUGAGCUAAACUUCACCAAAUAAUAGCUGUUUGUAUUUUGGCUGCUGCAGGAGCCAUUUUAGGGGAAAUGCUGACCGAGUCCAGUGCAUUGUCACAGCGCAGGCACUGAAGGGCAAACUUGGACCCCGAUAUGGAUAUAAGUGCACACUGUGUGAUUCCGCUUUUGUAAGUUGCAUGGUGUUGUGCUGUGUCUAUCCAUCAUAGCUGCUUUGUUCCAUCCUCCGUCCUCGGGCAUUCGGGUUGUUCCCGUGUCCUGGCUGCUCCUCUUAGCACAGCAGAAAUUAGUACCUUCCUUCAAUAGAUGAUAAUGAAAAUACAGAAGAAAGAGAAGCAGAACUGAUUGCCCACGUGGUAACGGAGAGAUGUGAAUUCCUCCCCUUCACCGGAACCCUGUGCAAACUGGUUGUCAAAUUUAAAAGAUCUGAAUCAUUCCCCAAUGUCUGAUGCCUCUGUCAAUUUUGACUACAAAUCCCCCUCCCCAUGUGACGGAAGCACCGAUCAGGAAGAGAAAACCGAGGAUGUCGCCAGCCACUGUUUGCCCCAGAGGGACCUGUAUGCUGCCGAGGAGGACGCCGAGACCCUUUUCCCCCGGAAAAUGACAUCCCACAAUGGACUGGAGGACAGUGGAGGCGGUGGCACCGGCGUGAAGAAGAAACGGAAGAAAAAGGAUCCCGGAGAGCAAGAGGGGGCAGCGAAGGGGAGCAAGGACAGGGAGCCCAAGCCAAAGAGGAAGCGCGAGCCUAGAGAGCCAAAGGAACCCAGGAAGGCCAAGGAGCCCAAGACAGCCAAGGAGCCCAAGGAGCCCAAGCAGAAGGACGGAGCCAAGAAAGCUCGGAAGCCUCGCGAGGCCUCGGGCUCCAAGGAGGCCAAAGAGAAGAGGAGCGGCACGGACUCCUCGGCCCGGACAAAGUCCAAGAAGGCCAGCAAGGAGCAAGGACCAACCCCGGUGGAGAAAAAGAAGAAAGGCAAAAGGAAAAGUGAAAGCACCGUGGAGAGCUUAGAGCUGGAUCAGGGCCUGCCCACCCCAUCCCUGCGGAGUGCUGAGGAAUCCACCGAGUCUGCAGAUAGCCAGAAAAGACGCUCUGGACGGCAGGUGAAGCGCAGAAAAUACAAUGAGGACCUGGACUUCAAGGUGGUGGAUGACGAUGGGGAAACAAUCGCUGUUCUUGGGGCCGGCCGGACAUCGGCCCUCUCAGCUUCCACACUGGCCUGGCAGGCGGAGGAACCUCCAGAAGAUGACGCAAACAUCAUUGAGAAGAUCCUGGCCUCUAAGACCGUCCAGGAGGUUCACCCAGGAGAGCCACCGUUCGACCUGGAACUCUUCUACGUUAAGUACAGAAAUUUUUCCUACUUACAUUGUAAAUGGGCUACAAUGGAAGAGCUCGAAAAGGAUCCUCGCAUCGCACAGAAGAUCAAGCGAUUUAGGAAUAAACAAGCCCAGAUGAAGCACAUUUUUACUGAGCCUGAUGAAGACUUGUUCAACCCUGACUAUGUCGAAGUUGAUCGCAUCUUGGAGGUGGCCCACACUAAGGAUGCCGAGACGGGAGAGGAGGUGACACAUUACCUGGUGAAGUGGUGCUCGCUGCCUUACGAGGAAAGCACGUGGGAGCUCGAAGAAGAUGUGGAUCCCGCCAAAGUGAAGGAGUUCGAGUCUCUCCAAGUUCUCCCUGAGAUUAAGCACGUGGAGCGGCCUGCUUCAGACUCCUGGCAGAAACUGGAGAAGUCUCGAGAGUAUAAGAACAGUAACCAGCUCCGGGAGUACCAGCUGGAGGGAAUGAACUGGCUUCUUUUUAACUGGUAUAACAGAAAAAACUGUAUUUUGGCUGAUGAGAUGGGCCUAGGGAAAACUAUCCAGUCCAUCACAUUCCUUUCAGAAAUAUUUCUCAGGGGAAUCCAUGGCCCUUUCCUCAUCAUCGCUCCUCUGUCCACCAUCACCAACUGGGAGCGAGAGUUCCGGACGUGGACAGAGAUGAAUGCCAUCGUGUACCACGGCAGCCAGAUCAGCAGGCAGAUGAUCCAGCAGUACGAGAUGGUGUACAGGGACGCACAGGGAAACCCUCUUUCAGGAGUCUUCAAGUUCCAUGUUGUCAUCACCACCUUCGAGAUGAUCCUGGCAGACUGCCCCGAGCUGAAGAAGAUCCACUGGAGCUGUGUGAUAAUCGACGAAGCCCACAGACUGAAGAACAGGAACUGCAAGCUGCUGGAGGGCCUGAAACUCAUGGCCCUGGAACACAAAGUGCUGCUCACCGGGACGCCCUUGCAGAACUCCGUGGAGGAGCUCUUCAGCUUGCUGAAUUUUCUGGAGCCGUCACAGUUUCCUUCGGAGACUGCUUUCUUGGAAGAGUUUGGAGAUUUGAAAACAGAGGAACAGGUAAAGAAAUUGCAAUCUAUCUUAAAACCAAUGAUGCUUCGGCGGCUGAAAGAUGACGUGGAGAAGAACCUUGCUCCCAAACAAGAGACAAUCAUUGAAGUAGAGUUGACCAAUAUCCAAAAAAAAUACUACCGUGCCAUCCUGGAGAAGAAUUUUUCCUUCUUGACCAAAGGAGCCAAUCAGCACAACAUGCCCAAUCUCAUCAACACCAUGAUGGAGCUGCGGAAGUGCUGUAACCAUCCCUACCUGAUCAACGGGGCAGAGGAGAAAAUCCUGGAAGAUUUCCGAAAAACUCACAGCCCUGACGCCUCUGACUUUCAGCUGCAGGCCAUGAUCCAGGCAGCCGGAAAGCUGGUACUGAUUGAUAAACUGCUCCCUAAACUGAUUGCAGGUGGCCACAAAGUGCUCAUCUUCUCCCAGAUGGUGCGCUGCCUCGAUAUCCUGGAAGAUUACCUCAUCCAGAGGAGAUACACCUAUGAGCGGAUCGAUGGGCGAGUACGGGGAAACCUGCGCCAGGCAGCCAUCGACCGGUUCUGUAAGCCAGACUCAGACCGCUUUGUCUUUCUCCUGUGCACCAGAGCGGGAGGCCUGGGGAUCAAUCUCACAGCUGCCGAUACCUGCAUCAUAUUUGAUUCAGACUGGAACCCGCAAAAUGACUUGCAGGCUCAGGCCCGCUGUCACCGGAUCGGCCAGAGCAAAGCCGUGAAGGUGUAUCGCCUCAUUACCCGGAACUCCUAUGAGCGAGAGAUGUUCGACAAAGCCAGCCUAAAACUGGGCCUGGACAAGGCUGUUCUUCAGGACAUCAACCGCAAAGGCAGCACCAACGGAGUGCAGCAGCUGUCAAAAAUGGAGGUAGAGGACUUGCUCCGGAAGGGAGCCUAUGGUGCCCUAAUGGAUGAGGAAGAUGAAGGCUCCAAGUUCUGUGAAGAGGACAUAGACCAGAUUCUGCAGCGGAGAACGCACACCAUCACCAUCCAGUCGGAAGGGAAGGGGUCCACGUUCGCCAAGGCUAGCUUUGUGGCUUCGGGAAAUAGAACUGAUAUUUCCUUAGAUGACCCGAAUUUUUGGCAGAAAUGGGCCAAAAUAGCUGAACUGGACACUGAAGCAAAAAAUGAAAAGGAGAGCCUCGUGAUCGACCGGCCUCGUGUGAGGAAGCAGACCAAGCACUACAACUCCUUCGAGGAGGAUGAGCUCAUGGAAUUUUCUGAGUUAGACAGUGACUCUGACGAGAGGCCCACGAGAUCCCGACGCCUCAAUGACAAAACCAGGCGCUACCUCCGAGCCGAGUGCUUCCGGGUGGAGAAGAACCUGCUCAUCUUCGGGUGGGGCCGGUGGAAGGACAUCCUGACCCACGGGCGGUUCAAGUGGCAUCUGAACGAGAAGGACAUGGAGAUGAUUUGCCGUGCCCUGCUGGUGUACUGUGUCAAGCAUUACAAAGGGGACGAGAAGAUCAAGAGCUUCAUUUGGGAACUCAUCACACCUACCAAAGACGGGCAGGCCCAGACCCUUCAGAACCACUCAGGCUUGUCCGCUCCAGUCCCCAGAGGGAGGAAAGGGAAGAAGACGAAGAACCAGCUGCUGCUCCCGGAGCUCAAGAAUGCCGACUGGCUGGCCACCUGCAACCCUGAGGUGGUCUUGCACGAUGACGGCUACAAGAAGCACCUCAAACAGCACUGCAACAAGGUACUUCUUCGUGUCCGGAUGCUCUACUAUCUUAAAGCGGAAAUUCUGGGAGAAGCAGCCGAUAAAGCAUUUGAAGGAACUCCUGCCAGGGACCUGGAAGUGCCUCUGCCCGACAUUGACUACGUGGAGAUCCCCGUGGAUUGGUGGGACGCCGAGGCCGAUAAGUCCCUCCUGAUUGGAGUGUUCAAACACGGGUAUGAGAGGUACAAUGCCAUGCGGGCCGACCCAGCACUUUGCUUCCUGGAGAAAGUUGGAAUGCCGGACGAGAAGUCCCUGUCUGCAGAGCAGGGCGCUGCUGAUGGAGGCGCAGACAUUCCUGAACGAGGUAACGUGGAUAAAGAAGACAGUGCUGAAGACAAAAUAGAUGGUCUCCAGAAACAAAUGGAGAGCUCCAGUGAUGGAGGUGAUGGCAUCUUUGGUGAAAAGAAGGAUGACAGCCAGGCAGCCCAGGAUGGCUCCGACUCAGACAAAUCGCCCUGGCCAGUUCCGUCUGCUCUCACAGCUCGUCUCCGGCGUCUGGUCACCAUUUACCAGCGGUGCAACCGCAAGGACCUCUGUCGACCUGAAAUCCUGGGGCCAGGGAGCCAGGGGUACUGGGGCCAGGAAGAAAUGUUCAGGAGGACCUCCGAGAUGGAGCUUAUCAACAAGGAAGCCCAGAAGAGGUGGACAAGACGAGAGCAAGCAGACUUCUGCAGAGCAGUGUCUUCCUUUGGCGUUGUUUACGACCAGGAGAAGAAAACCUUCGACUGGACGCAGUUCCGAAUCAUUUCACGCUUGGACAAGAAGUCAGACGAAAGCCUGGAACAUUAUUUUUAUAGUUUUGUAGCCAUGUGCCGAAACGUCUGUCGCCUGCCUGCAUGGAUGGAUGGUGGCCCCCUAGAUCCCACCAUCUACGUCGAACCCAUCCCCGAGGAGAGAGCUGCCAGAACUUUGUACCGCAUCGAACUGUUGCGGAAGGUGCGAGAGCAGGUGCUGACGUGUCCUCAGCUGCACGAGCGCCUGCAGCUGUGCAGGCCCAGCCUCUACCUCCCUGUCUGGUGGGAGUGCGGGAAGCACGACCGCGACCUGCUCAUCGGCACCGCCAAGCACGGGCUGAACCGCACCGACUACUACAUCAUGACGGACCCCCAGCUGUCCUUCCUGGACGCCUACAGAAACUACGCGCAGCAUAAGAGGCCCGACCCCCAGGCGCCAGACCUCUGCUGCCUCUAUCAGACCAACUCCAAACUGUACGAGUCGCUCACCUAUCACCCAGGGAGCAGGACUUCGGAGGCCCUGGAAGGGGAGCCCGAGAAUCUCGUGAAAAUCGACGGCAGAGAUGACCUGGGGCUGUCUGGGGGCAGCCUCGCCGACCUGACCUGCGAGAACCUCAUUUCGAAAGUCCAGGACGUCAUUUCCGUCGGCCACGACGACGGUCUGCUGCCGGAGUCCCUGGAGAGUGUCAUGUACGGUAAGAAGGCCCUCGGCCGGGAGCCGGGCUCUUUUCAGGAGAAUCCAGGGCUUGACCCAGAAUCCCGGAAAGACACACUGGCCCUCUCGGCCGUCGGUGAGGGGGACUGCCAGCCUGCAGCCGGCCACGAGGCAGACGCCACCUCAGGGUCCUCCAUCAUGAGCAGUUUGGAGGCAGGCGUGGCUCAGAUGAACCUCAAAAAUGGAAAGCAUUUGUUGAUGUCCCUCUCCAAGGACGGGGACCUCUGCUGCGACGAAAGCCGGCCGCGGCCGGAGAGCACUGGGCAGCUGGAAACCAAAUGCUUCGCUCCCCCUUCCUUGGACCAAGGCAAUGAGAGUGGGUUUGUGGACAUGUGCAGUCUUAGUGUCUGCGAGUCCAAAAGAAACCUGUCGUCCGAGCAGCAGCUGAUUGACUUAAUAGAGAGCAAAAGCUUAGAGAGUAAAUUGACUUUGAGUCAGAACCACAGUGACGAGGAGGAGGAGGAGGAGGAGAACGAGGAGGAAAGCUUAGACAUGGCCGCAGGCCUCCGGGACAGGCCUGAAGCUCUGCGUCUCCCUGAGCCUGCAGUGAGGGGGCCAGGGGACAGGAGCCGCGACUUUGCCCUCGGUGAAGCCAAGAAAGGGAGCUCGGACAUGCUCAGCCUCGGCCCGGGGCCGCAGCAUGCUUUCCCUCCCGCGGCCUAUCAGUGUCCCUGCAAACACGUGGAGCGGUGGGCUCGGGGCUUCGAUGGUGACGGGUUCGAACUGGAGAAACCCAAGGCGUAUAGCCCAGACCUGCACAAAAGCCAGACCAGCCACCCUGUGGCAGAGGGCGAGUCCCCUGCCGUUUCCUUGGAGCCCUUUAAAGUGAAGGCUGACCUUCUGAAGGAACCUUGGAAAGAAAGUGCCGAAGGCAAAAAGGGUUUCCCUCCGUACCCCCCGGAAGGAAGCGAGCUCAAGUCAGAAGACAUGGAUUUCGAGAGCAAAGAUGAUUAUGAGAGAGAUGGAAACUGCCAUAGCCAAGGUCACGCUUCUCCUGGUUUGCCUUUCCUCCCAGAUUACCCAGGGAAAUACUCGGAAGAGGAGAGCAAGAGCUCAGCAUCAGGCAUCACAGGCGACGGGGACGACCCCCAGGAGGCUCGCGCCCCCACCAUCGCUCAGCUGCUCCAAGAGAAGACCCUCUAUUCCUUCUCUGAGUGGCCGAAGGAUCGCGUGAUAAUCAACCGCCUAGAUAAUAUCUGCCACGUGGUGUUGAAGGGGAAGUGGCCCUCCAGCCAGCAGUACGAACCCUCAGGCACGCUGCCCGCCCCUGCAUUAACCAGCAGUGCCGGCUCUCGGAGCAGCCUUUCCGAGCCAGAGGCCUCAGAACACGGCUUCAGCGGUGGCGCGGCCGUGGCGUCCCAGGUCCCGAAGGAGAACUUCCUGAGUCCAGGAUUCACAAAGGAAGAACAAAAACACAGGCGUCCUUAUGAGUUUGAGGUGGACAGGGAUGCGAAAGGCCGGAGCCUGGAACAGUUCUCUGCUACCCACGGACACCCCCCCAUCAUCCUCAAUGGCUGGCAUGGGGAGUCGGCCAUCGACCUCUCCUGCACGUCAGAGGGGUCCCCGGGAGGCACGUCUCCUUUCCCAGUGAGUGCCAGCACCCCGAAGAUUGGAGCCGUCAGUUCCCUUCAAGGAGCCCUCGGUAUGGACUUAUCUGGGAUUCUCCAAGCCGGCCUGAUCCACCCUGUGACCGGGCAGAUUGUCAAUGGAAGCCUCAGAAGAGACGACGCUGCCCUGAGGAGGCGGAGGGGGAGGCGGAGACAUGUCGAGGGAGGCAUGGACCUCAUCCUUCUGAAGGAGCAGACACUCCAGGCAGGAAUCUUGGAAGUCCACGAAGACCCUGCACAGGCCCCCCUGAGCGCCUCCCACGCUGAGGGUCCCGUGCCUGCCCCCUUGGCCCCCGAGCCAGCCCCGGCCCCCAGCGCCCAGGCCGAGAAGCCCGUUCCUAGCAAGAGUCUGCUGGACUGGCUGAGGCAGCAGGCCGACUACUCUCUGGAAGCCCCCGGAUUUGGAGCAAAUUUUUCAGACAAACCAAAGCAGAGGAGACCACGCUGUAAGGAACCUGGAAAAUUAGACGUCAGCUCCCUGAGUGGGGAAGAGAGGGUUCCUGCUGUCCCCAAGGAGCCAGGACUGAGGGGCUUUCUCCCAGAAAACAAGUUCAACCACUCCCUGCCGGAGCCGGCUCUUCGGGACGCGGGUCCACGCCGGAGGGGGCGGCGGCCUCGAAGCGAGCUCCUGAAGGCGCCGGCCAUGGUGGCGGACUCGGCCUCGGGGAUGGGGCCCCUGUUCAUGAACGGGCUCAUCGCCGGCAUGGACCUGGUGGCGCUGCAGAACAUGCGGAACAUGCCUGGCAUCCCGCUCACGGGUCUGGUGGGCUUCCCAGCCGGCUUUGCCGCCAUGCCCACCGGUGAGGAGGUCAAGAGCACCCUGAGCAUGCUGCCCAUGAUGCUGCCGGGCAUGGCCGCCGUGCCCCAGAUGUUCGGCGUGGGGGGCCUCCUCAACGCGCCCAUGGCCCCCACCUGCUCCUCAGCUGGGCCAGCGGCGGCGGCGGCGGCACCUCUGUCAAGCACAACGAAAAGUGGCACGGCCGCCUCAGAGAAGGCCGCCGAGGACAAGCCGGCUGGUCACGACGUGAGCACGGACGCACUGGCCGCAGACAAGCCCGGCCCUGGCCCGUUUUCUGAUCAGUCGGAACCCGCAAUAACUACAAGUAGUCCUGUGGCUUUUAACCCGUUCCUCCUCCCGGGAGUGUCCCCCGGACUCAUCUACCCGUCCAUGUUCCUCUCCCCUGGCAUGGGCAUGGCCCUGCCGGCCAUGCAGCAGGCCAGACACUCGGAGAUCGUGGGUCUAGAGAGCCAGAAGAGGAAGAAGAAGAAAACGAAAGGGGACCACCCCAACCCCGAGCCUGCUUCUGCGUCCGAAAAGGAGGCGGGCAGUGACCCCAACGGCCCCGAGUCCAGGGCCCCUGCCGCCCCAGAUCGAGAACAUGCGUGCCAGGCCAGGGAAGGGGGCCCCAAAGACUCCAACAGUGACACCAAUUAGAAACUUUUUCAUUUAAGAAAUCAUUGUGACUUGUAAGUUUCUUAUCCCAUAGCGGUUUGUUACUUCCCUCACUUCACCUUCAUCCAAACCUGUGUUCCCAUCAGUAACGAUUAUCCACCUGGUUUCCUGUCUGAGAACUAUGGUAACAGACCUUAAUAGUCGCAGGGUCUUGCCACUUCAUUUAGCCAAGUGUCGACCUGGUCUAGGAGGCACAGGAUUCUCAUUCUGUUAUCCAGUUGUUCAUUCCAGCGAUCGUAGUUAAUACAGUACUUGGUGACACGCCCUCCCCACCUUCUCUCCCAAGUUUCCCGCUCGAGGAGGGGGAAAAAAAAAAAACAAAUGGCAAAAGGAAGCUAUCUAGGGAUUUGCCUUUGAAGGCUGAAAACGGACAAAGAGUAGCUCUCUUUUUCCAUGAGCUGUGUUCAACAGGACUAACGUAACGGGGAAACCAAAAAGCACAGACAAAGAAAGUGCUGGUGCAUAUUUUUUCAGUUGAAAUAGUUCCCUAUUUUAUCAUGAUUACUAAACGCGUAGUAUAGACAGAGUAUAUAACUAAUGGUUGAAAUGCAUAUAUUAUUCCUUUCUUUAUAAAACAAAAUCUCGCUGGUAGUAACAUGAUUUUUCCCCCUUCACAUUUUUUUUUUCCAGCCCCCACCACCACCCACUCACCCACCCACCGCAGCAAGACGAAAUACUGAGUAGACAUUAUUUUCUACCCGUGCAUUACCCUCUCUGCAGUCUGGGUCACCCUCGGUAGGAGAAAGCUUUACACAGCGGAGUGCUGCGUGCCACAGGGCCGAAGCUGCAGAGCUGACCAGCACGGGCUGGCACCCUGCCCUCACUGCCCCUCUACCUGGGCCUAGCAGAUUUUUCUUCCCUGUUUUCCCUCGGCAAGAGUGGGGCUCUCCCUGGGCCCUGCAGGAAAAUAAGUCGCUCGCCCUUUGGACCCUCGCUGGGUCCUUCUGUCGGGAGUUAUCGGAGGGUGUCAAAAAAGCACGUGUGCCACCUUCUUUUAAUGCGACUGUGAAGUUUCUCCUGCCCUCCGUUCCCUGCCUCUGUUGAUCCAAUGGGGCCCGAAUUUCAGAUGAUCAAAUCCAGUUUGUUUCCCCAGCCCGCUUUCGCCAGAGCCACGUUCACCCACUUUCUUCCCAGCUCCCCACACACGUUCUCUCCCUCCCCGACUCCAGUCUAGACCGACGUUCGAGGCUAUGAGGCCCGAGACCAGCUCAGGGCCGAGUCCUGGGGGCUGUCACCGGGCUGUGCAGGACAUUGGAAACGUUAGAAGCGUUCCUAGGACCGGCUUCACUUUUUUUUGUUGUCACAAUUUACUGUAUUUUUUUUUUUACUUUUUUUUUCUGUUACGGUUUUGCUAAUUUAUCGAAAGGUCCAAAGUUUGACAUAACUAUUUCAGUUUCCAUUAUUUAUUUAUGAUGCUUUUGUCAUUGUCUUUUAUACAUUUGGAAUUAUAAAUUAUGUAAAUGUUAAAAAUGAGCAUCUCAAAGAAGUCUGUUAAAUCGUGACCGAGAAAAAUCAGUGUAUUUUCAAAAAAAGUGGAGCCCCAGUUUUAUGAAUCAGAAAUACAAAUCAGAACUUCUAGAGCAGAUCAUGUAAGAAUCCCGUGAUUGAACAAAUCCUAUUUAAUGACAUCUUUGUGGCAUAGAUGUUCUAUAAUGCUGACAACAGAUUUCUUAGAAAUGCUGCUUUCUCUAUUUAACUAACAUUUUGUUCAGUUUUGCCUCCAGUGGAAGCAGAAAGGUUUUUUCAGCUGUUAAAUCCUAAAAAAAAAAAAAAAGAAAAAAGAAAAAAAAAAGAAAAAAUCAAUAUAAUUUAUUUAUGUAAAAAAAAUCACUCGAUCGAUAUAUUUUUGAACCUUUUAAGUACUAAUUUUCUUUUUAUUAAGUAGAAGAAAAAAAUGUAUUUGCCCUAAAUCCUUAAAAUACAAAUGCUAUAAAAAUUCAUGUAUCUUGAAAGCCUUACUGCAAAAGAGUAUUAUAGACACCCGGCAGAGCCUGGGUGCUUCGUUGUCCUGUUGUUGUUUUGUAUGGAAAAGCUGCUUCUCCCAGGUUCCGCUUAGAACCUCCAGUAGGUCACAGGGUUCAAUAUGGAUCUGAUUUUAAAAACCCACCAGCAUGCUAAACCCCUUGUUAUCUCUUAUUGAACCUGUAUGUUAACUUUCUGGGUGUUUAGGCUUAUAAUUGACUGCUAUUGUGUCCCUGUUUGCAAAAUGAAAAUGACACUCUGGAUUAUUUGCUCUGUAAGGCAUAAGUGCUUCUUAUGAUUAUUUUGACAUUACCAAGAGCAAAAGCCAAAUUUAAACUCUUCAGCAAACUUUGAGCCUUUUCAUCUAAUUCCAUGUCACUCACAGCCAUAACUUUUCUUGAUCAUUCUUCACCCCAUGUCUUACAUAAUAAAUUGUCUGUGGUCUUGA